UGUUUACUUUUGCAAUGAAUGCCAUAUUUGUUACAAGAUGAAACCAAAAUAUACUCAGCCAAAGAAGGAGAAAAAAAGGUUCCAGGAGGAGGGAGGAGACAAUGUGAGGGAAAGUUCACAUUUAGCUGCAUUCCCAGCUCCCAGUCAUGCAGGAGAAGGGGCUAUGACCCUUCCUCAGAAUGCUCAGACCACUGCCCUCCCCCCACCGGGCCUCAAUAGAAAGUACCCCCUAAAGCAACCCACUCUCUCAGCCAAGAUCAAGAUUUGGAUGCCAGUGCAAGAGACCUGGAAAGGAGAACCUUAUGACAAGCCUUUGCUCAAAUACACCACAGCCCUCCCUAUUGGCAGGCGCCACUGUAGACCUCGUCCAAUAAAACAACCCAUCCCCAACCCUUCCCCUAACCUGACUGAUAAAAGAGUGAAGUUCAAACAUCCUGAGGCCACCCUCCGUUUUAUCCCAGUGAGGCCAGACUUAGAGCAGCUUGCCAGGCAGAGAACCCUCCCUGGUGGUCAGUUGGUUAGACCUGUGACACCCAGACCACCAUCCCGCAAGCAGCCCCCCUCUGCAGACCAUAGCCCCCUAGACGGUAUCCGCUCACACAGAUCCCUUGCAAAAGCACAGGCUGCUGGAGGUGAGGACAGGGGAGGGGGUGGAGAUGGUGUCUCCCUAUCCCGCGCUGUCAGGGAUUUGCAGUUGCUUAGUUCCAGCUCCGACGACGAGGAUUCUGAGUCUCCUUCUGAGUCUCAGUUCCGAAGCACCACUCCAGCCUACCUCACCCGCCGCUACCAGAACAGUUUGAAAUGGUACCAGGUGGUGCGCAGCGAGAAGAAGACCAAACAUCACAAGGAGAGGCUUGACCAGCUUUGCUAUAAGGAGGCAUCAGAUGAGUCUAAUGCUGAAACAGCAGGCCCCUCUGGUGUCCAGGCGAGACACACCGCCCCUCUGGGUGCUGGGGAGGGGAGGUCUGUCUGUAAACCCUACCAGGGAGGGAAGAGGAGAAGGAGCCCGCUGUCAGAGAAAGGUUGCCUACCCCCCAACCAGGUGAGGAGAUGGGACCGCCGGUCAUGGCGCCGACAGCUAGACAGCAGUGCCUCGGACUCCCCAGCAUCUGAUGGCAGUGUCAUGCUCAGCCCACCCUACACCCACUCCCCCUUCCUCUCUCCAACAGCUACCAGCACUCCUCCCCUCCCUGCUCCUCUUUGUAACACAUCUCCCAAUAUCCCAAUAUUUUCCCCUUCCUUCUCUCUCAGUACGCCUUCCAGUUGCCCUAGCACGCCACUCUACCCUCACUCUUUCACCUCCAGUGCCCCUGGCACCCCGUUACGCAGUCAGGUGACAUCUUCCAGUGCCCCAUGCACCCCAGUACGCACCAAGUUAUUCACCUCCAGUGCCCCUUGCACCCCACAACAUGGAACCUUUCACAGGGCGUCAUCGUUCCACAUCAGGAGCAACAUCUCAGGAAGGAGGACUACAUGUUGUGGGCUGGAGAGCUGUCCACCAGCAGCUAAAGGGACAGUAACCAGUUCCAACCCUAAAGACUCAGUAACCAGCCCUAAAGAUAGAUGUCAAGCGGACAACACUCCAUACCCAGACAUGUUCAAUAUUAAAGGGGAUACAGCGAAGAAAGAUGAUUCUGAGAUGAGAAUGAGCAGUGAAAUUAAGAAGACUUCAACACCAAAGAAAACGACUGAGAAAUGUUCUCCUGCCAGAGCUAAGACUUCCGUAUCAUCACAUGCCAGUCCCACUCUGAAAGAAUCUAAGAUUCCACAAGCUGACCCACGACUACUGAAACCAAUGAAACCAUCAGCCUCACCUGAUGUGUCUUCAACUGUGCCAGACUGUGGGACCCCCAUCCCAGGCAGUAAGCUCACCUCCAUCUUUUCCUACCCUUAUGAUGUACCACAGAUCAAAAGCAGUCCACUUAAAAGCCCUAAGAAGUCUCCAUGUAAGUCAUCUCCUCAGUCAACUACAGCACAUCAGAAACACAAGUCUCCUCAAGAUAAGAAAAGUCCUAAGAAAAGUCCUAAAACCAAGACCUCUGAUUCACCUAAAUUAACACCUGCACCUUCUUUGUCAGAGAAGCAGACAGACAAAACUGAGUGUAAUUUCAAGAAACCAUCAAAACCUCAGAGUGUUGUUAGUAGUGAGGCAGACUCUGCAGUGUCACAACAUGUUCUAUCCACCAAAAAUACAAAAUCCCAGAGUGCUGGGAGCCAGCCAACCAACAAGACUUCUCCUCCCUGUGACCCUAGUCUUAAAACUAAAGGUUCUGCAAACACCGCUUGUGUGCCAAAGCCAAAGGAGGAUAGUGGGAGGAAAGAGAGACCUCCCCUUCCUAGCCUUAGAAGAUUGAAGCAAGCAUUUACAAGCCUUUGUCAGCAGAGGCCUGUGGUGGCUAAACCCUCCAGCGAAUUGAAUGGGGCGCCGACUGACAUACCUAGGCUGUUCAAGACUCCUUUAUCCAAGACCCCCUCCCCUAAGACCCCCAAUAAGCCUCAGAGUAGAGGUCUUUACAGAUCCACCCGGGAUCCGAGGAUCCGAGAUCCAAUCCAGGAUCAGAGCCCAUCUAUGCAUCCCACCUCCAGCACCUCCAGCAGCUCCAGCAACAACCCAGAAGGGAGACCUGCAGCCUCAACCUCAAUCCUGGGCAGGAGUUUAGAGCUGAAAAUGAGUCAAGGUUUCCAGAAACCAGACACACCCAGGCCAAAGAGCUACUCCCCCAAGAGCAAACCCACAGGGCUUUCAACAAGCUAUAGAGGUACUGGUACUCCUUUCCUGGGAAGUGAGGGGAAUCUAACAUCUAUCUCCACUUCUAGGAUCCUGGCAACCCCCCAUGACUGUCCAUCUCAGACCAGGAGUUCUCUGAGUAAAGCCUCAUAUUCUGCCAAACUACUACGGGAGGGAGAGAGGGACAGGGAGAGAGAGGGGGAUAGGGAGAGAUGGGAGAGAGAGAGGGAGAGAUGGGAGAGAGAGAGGGAGAGAUGGGAGAGGGAAAGGUGUCCACCCUCACCGACACACCCUCACCCAGCACAGGGCCCAGUUCCACAGCCAAGCAAGGAGGGUCAUCCUAAAGAAUGCUUUAGAGGCACCGGGAAAGGCAAGACUACUAAAGGACAGGAGGACUUGAGAACUAAAGUCAAAAUACCAUGGGCACCAACUCAAAAACCCUCUACCUCUCACAAGAGUUGGCCAAAUGUACCCUCACCCUGCCAGAACCCUCCACCUGUGAGAAAUGGCCCCCAGUCACACUCCAAAAAGAUCACAGGCACGCACUCACCCUCAGCUCAGACUAAAUCUGAAGUACCAAGGGAGAAGAUAGACUCUCAGCCCAUCAGAUCCCCACCUACAACACAGAAGGUCCCUCAGGAUCCAGUGUCCCCUCCCCUGUCCCCCCGCUCCAGACCCGGCCCCAGCAGUGUGGAGCUCAUCCAUGCCAUUGUGAGUGCCAUGGGCUAUCUGCUUGGUGUGCCACCCACCUCCAUCCCUGGCCUUUGCCCUUCACCUGAAGAGCCUGGUACAUCCUCCAACACUGACCCAUCAGCUUUUCACUCAGACCCCAGCCAGCCCCCCUGGACUGAAGAACUACGACUCAUCCGGCAAAGACUCAGUGAGCCUGGCUUAGGGCUCAAUCCUCAGCCUCCGAACCCCAACCACACCCAACCAACCUCCAGACCAAAGGACACACACACAGGACAGAGGGAAGAGAGACCUGCACAAUCAAUGGCACCACCACUGAGAAAGAAUACAAAGAUGUGAGAGGAGUUAGGAUGAAGAUGAAGAUGAGGAUACUGUAGCAUGCUACACUGCAGAGCUGCAAGGAGUCAGAGAGCAGCUGUUCAGACAGUCCUGACUGACUGGUGGAAACAGAAGAUGUUCACGUUAACAGGCUGAACAUCUGCUCAUACACCUGGGUUGUGUUUAUAACUCUUUCUCUGGAUAGAAUAAUCGAAUAAAUACAGAGUCAAAUACUUUAUGUACAUAUUCAUUUUCUGUAAGUACUGGCAGUUUAGCUCUUAGAAUGUAUGAUUUCAAUGCUUGAUACUGCUUUAAUUUGAGAUGGAUUUGAUCUUGCUUUCAUUUUGACAAGCAGUCAGCAGUUUUAUGUCGAAAAAUACAGUACGUUGGGCAUGCUGAAUGUUGCACAUGUGACCACACGAGGGCAGUCUCAUGCCAACCUAAUGCAACUCCUAGUCAUAAUGAAGGGAGAAAUUAAAUCUAAUGUACAGAACACUGUCAAUUGUCAAAACAAAUGUACAGAGCACUGUGAUUUUUAGUUAUUUCUAUGUGAAUAUUGAACAUCAAUAAAAGUUUUGACUUAUUGAGGA